CUUUUCUUAAACUCUUCUCCUUGGUGAUCCGGGUCUGGAUCUCUCACAUGUCUCCCUACGAGUGCUGCCUGCCGCCGGGGGUGAUAUGUCCCGAGCCAUUUGCCCUCACCUCCAACGAGACCUGUGUCAUUAAAUACCCCGACACAAUAGUGGACAUAGUGGAACCUGACUCGCCACCAUAUUCCGUGAUAUAUCCCGGCCCAACUCUCACCACUUUCCCUCAGCAAACUAUAGUGGGAUCUACUGCGCUGUUCGAUAUGAGAAAUUUAUUCGGUUUCAAGGGAUCUCCCAGUUUUAGGGAACUUGCAGGCCAACCUAAUUCCAACAUGGAUAUCUGUGGAUAAAGGGAAAAGCAGAACUGAACAGUAAGGACAGAUCACGGCUAAGUCUAUGGAUAAUGGAUUACAGAAGUGCUGAGCUCCCACGGUUCCCAGUGGAGUCCAUAAAAGCAUGGCUUCCUGACAUUAGACCUGCACGAGGACUAGAAUUUCCAAUCUGCAAGAAAUU